AUGCUGACAACGAGAUCUUUGUCACGCCGACGCGACGCAACAUGAACCAGGGAAAAAAUGUGCAAAUUUUAAAACGGCAUUAUCACUUAAUCCCAAAUUGGGCCGACCGUUGAUCAUUACCCUAACUUUUCUAAUAAUUAAUGAAAUAUGUUGGCCUUGAGUUGACUUUUAUAUAAACGCAGUGAGGCAAGGAUUGGAGGGAACUGGUGAUGAGAGGACCAACAAGAGUCGUCCCCUUCAAUUAGCCUAUCGAACCGUACACCAAUUGUCCAUCUUCUUUAGUGGGACCCCAACUAUGCCGCAAGCCUUUCAUUGGACCCAUGGUGGGCUUCAUUAGUCAGUUUUCAAUGAAUGAUCUUGAGAGAGGGGAUCUUUACGGAGUGUAAACCCAAAUAACCUUUGAUAUUAUAAAGUAAAGUGUUUUCUCAUCCUUUUGAAAUCAAAUUAUUAUCAUCACUUAAUAAGUUUAUUAAAUAUAAAUAUUAUAAACUGUAUUAUUUCAUGUUUUUAUGCUUUUCGUCCUUUUGAUGAUGAUGGCAACUAAAUUAUGGAUGAACGUAGCACUCGUAUAAUGCCACACACCAACCAUAGGUACUGAGAUACUUUACGAUAAAAAAACUGACAAAGGGAUAUAUCAGAAUUUCUAUCAAUCUAUCUUUCAACUGGGGAAAUCAUGAGUAAGGGAGCUUCUUUUUCAGUGAAAUUCGUGGGAGUUAUCCGGAAUAUAAUGGCAUACCACAAGAAAGGUUAGGAAUAUUACCAGGUUGAAGUGGUCUAGUCUGAUUCUACCUUAGUCGACGGCGAUUUACCUUAUAAUCGAAGAGUAUGAGCUUGCCCGCACGUUGGGAUUUCAUUUUCUUAUAAGGAUGGUAACCUAUGUGUGAGAAGAUAUAGUGGCUACGUUGACGAAGGGCAAUUGUCCUUUGGGAGGGGAGAGAGAGAGAGAGAGAGAAAGUUUGCUUGGCUCUCGUCGGUCUAUGAAAUGAGAAGUUACACAUUUCAUACUUUGACGAUUCACGCGGCCCAGAGACGAAGUCGCCGUCUGGGCUAUGCUGCUUCACCAUCCGUAUCCUCGACAAAAAACCCAUGGCCCAGCCCAGGUUGAAGAAACCCAUCAUCCGCGUCGCUGCAUGUUCACGGCCUGGAGCCACGGCCGAAGUCCGCCCGCAAGAGUGGGGCGAACUCGAGCAGGAAGUCAAGGUCGAUGUGCACGAUGGGAGAAAGCCUCCUCGGCUGCCUCGGUUUCUUCUAAAAAAAAAUGUAAGAGGAUAGUUUGGAAGGGGAGGGUGGAGAAGAGAGACGAGAGGAGGGGAUUGAUGAGGAGCUUCUCGUUUUCGUGAGAGAGCUGAUAUGGUGGUUUGAGUCGGUGUUCUGCCAUGGUUCACAUUCUUCAGUGGGAGGGAGGAGAGGGUAACAUAGGGGCUGCCUCGCGCUCUCUCAGCUCUCAAAGCAGGCGGACAGACGCCCAGUCGACUGCCGUUCCCACUGAGCCGAACAUUGCGCCGGAGAUCCGGCGCUUUUCCCCGACCAGGCGCAGGCCCUGUCGUGACGAGUGUCUCGGGGGAGAGGAAUAGUUGA